AUGUUAGCCGUCGCAGCGCCACGCGAGGGCAUGGGGGAUGCUGCCCUGCUGUCGCAGAGCUCGGUUCCCGAAGACGAUGCCGCUUCGAGCACUGGGGUGAGUAUAAGCAGCGCGGCACUGAGGUUGGCUUCCAUGGCCCCGAUCCCAGUGAGACCCAAUCACAAAAUUUUGAGCAGCAACAGGGGGACGAAGAGAAAGGCAGACCUGGACGACGGGGUGCAUUCGACGAAGGUGCCCGAGCUCACGGUUGAAGAGGAGAGGGAAAUCCAGGUCAGCAAGCUCAGCGCCUUGCACAUCCAGACGAAUCAGUUUGUCUGCAACGAAAACCAGCUACCGAAGGGCUUCACCCAAGAGACGGUGGAGGAGUGCUUCUUCGACAUCCCACCGUUCCAGUGGGACAGGAUCGAGUUCCUGAGCGUGAUCGAGGAUAUAUCCCGUCUUCAGAACAACGAGUUUGGGAGCUGCCUGUGGGGGAACAAGUUCACCUCUGAUUUCACCAUUGGCGGAAGCUGUGCAAAGCCCCUCGCGUGCUACGACAAGCUGAACCGCUUUCACCAGCUUCACUUCGAGACGGAUGGGCCGAGCAUGAUGUUCACCGUGAUUACGGAGGGGGUGGACCUGCACCCCGGGCUCCUGGACGUGAUCCGUGUGGCGCACAACAUCAGCGAGGGCGGGAAGAGCCACUGCCUCACCAACUUCACGGUGCAGACCAACACGACGCUGAUGAAGUACCGGGGGGACAACGCGAGCAGCAAGGCGGACUCGGUGCGCGUGAAGCUCAACCGCUCGGAGAUCGAGGGUCUUCAUUAUCAGCUCAAGGAGAUCAUACAAGCGUCGAAUGGCGAACGGCUGAAGGAGAUGGAGAACGACGACAACUUCUCUCCCGAUGACAUGAAAGAGAUGCUGUCGGCCUCUUACAACACUAGCACAUUGAAUUACACGCUGGUGGUGGAUAACUUUCUAGAGAACAACCAGAACUUUGUGAUCAGCAAGGGUAUACUGGACGCCUCCGUGGAGAUGCGGAUGGUGAGAUGCCAGGACAGCUCUGGGGUGGAGAAGAUCUUUGUCGCGCAGUCGGUGCUGCUCCGGAGCAUGAGCGGGGUGGAUCCGUACAGCGCCUUCAUCGAGUCUAUGAACUCUCUGGGCCCGCGGGUGCGCAAGUCGGUGUGGUCGAUCCUGGACGGCAUGGUCAAGUGCCUGAACAAGGGGAACAUGCUCUCGGAUAGUGAUAUCAAGACGAUGAUGCACUGGAUCACGGCUCCUUCCUUCCUUUGCAUGAUGCUCUACAACUGGUCGGUAGGCCGGGAGCUGGAGAUCCUUAGCAGCGACGUCCCUGUCGCCACCGAGGGCUUCGGCAGGGUCGUCCUCGGAUGCGUCCACAAGGACGUGCAGCGCUACGUCGGGAUCAUCGAGCAAAAGAUGAACCAAUGCAAGGCCACUACCAAGAUGAAGCAAAUUAAGAUCGUGGCGGAGGUGGACGCGCUCUUCCGUGGCGUGUACGUCAUGCGCAACGAGGACGGAGAGAGGGGUGAUGUGGUGUGCGCCCCGCUCCCCCCGGCGACGUUCUCCUUCUCGCUGAACCUGGGGGAGGACUGGCUAAGGGAUGGCCUGUCCGUCAGUGACGUGACCCGCAACUGCAUCUUCGCGACGCUCUUCCGCGUGAUCUGCGACCCGAGGCUGGCGGCUUCGAACGCCUUCCGGGAGGAGAUGCAGAACCUGCGCUGCUCGGCCAAUCACCUGGAGAACCUGCGCUCUCCGGAGGCAAGGUGGGCCUUCUACAUGAUCUCCAACGUGGAGGAGCAGCGCGAUGAGCCCGGGAUGGAGGUCAAGGACGCCUACCUGCGGACUAUCGGGAAGCACCACAGCACAAAUCGCAUGUUCUCCGUUAUGCUCGACAUCGCGCUGAAGAGCAGGGAGUAUACCUCGGUGGUCUCGACGGCGAACCUGAUAAUCCAUCGGAUCAGCGAGCAGGCGUCGGUCUCCGAGUCCCCCGUGCAGGCCGGACUGGUGCGGGCGCUGAAGGUGCUAGCGGAGGACGCAGGGAAGGACGGCGUGCUAAAGCUGCUCGAGACGCAGCUGACCGAGAUCCUGCAGGCGGGCGCCAUCCCCUCCGUCUGCAUGUGGGAGACACCGCUUGUGAUUCUCCAGCGCACCAUACAACUGAUCAAUCGCGUCUUCCGGCUUAAGAACAGCAACCUAAACCUCCUCUACAUCCUGCUGACGAACACAAUCUCCUACACGCUGCCCAAGGAACCCGCGUGGGCGACGACAAUCAUGCUGGUCGACGCGGCGUGCCAGAGCGAGCUGGUGAUCCAGGACAAGGGCCGGACGCGAUUCCUUGGCGUGGCGGGAAGCAAACGCGACAGCGCGGGUUUCAACUUCACGCAGGUGUGCUUCGAGCAGAUGCUCUCACCUUGCGGGCAUGCCGUGCAUACCCCAUUAUCCGGCCCUGUGUAA